UGGAUGUUGUCGUAUGACUGCUUCCGGGUUGCUGGAUGACCUUGAGCCUUCAGGAGCGACAUGGCGACUCUCUGUAGGCUGAGUGUCCUGUGCGGUGCUGGAGGAGGGCGAGGUGAGGGUCCUGGCGGCCGGAGGUUCUUAACACAGCCUCCAGCCGGGGAAGGGGAUGCGGUGAGGAUUCGUCUGCUGGGCGCUCUGUUCCUCCGAACCCCAGUGGUCAGACCGGCUCAUGUCUCAGCAUUUCUCUGGGAUGGAUCUACGCCAGGAUGGUGUGGGAUACAGCACAUUCACCUGUCACCCAGCCACCACUGGGCAUCGGACAAGUUGUUACUGACUAUGUUCACGGGAAUGCAUUGCAGAAAGCUGCCAAGGCAGGCCUCUUGGCGCUCUCGGCCCUCACCUUCGCUGGGCUCUGUUACUUCAACUAUCAUGACGUGGGCAUCUGCAAAGCUGUGGCUAUGCUGUGGAAGCUCUGACCUUUUAGACUUAAUGCCUUGAGAAUUGAUUGUACACCUCCUUGCCUCUGCUCUGUCAUGCCAUUUCAACUCACAGUAAGAAGGAAAUCACAGAUAAGUCCAUUGGUGAGAUAAACCUCUUCUAAUCACCUGGUUAUUUUUAGAAUUUACUCUUUGAAGGAAGAUUUGAGAGAAAUUGUAUCCAAGAAAUUUUGAGACUGAGUUCUGUAUUCUGGGGAGUUAAUGGGGUGUCUCUCAGCUUCUCACAAGACUCGCAGUAUAACUAAACAUUAUAUAUGAGCUUUUGCCUUUUAAUUUACCAGACUCUUAAAGGGAAUUCAGCUUUAUUGCUCUCAGUAUCUGAUCAAUCUUUGAUAUUUGUCCUAGGAUGAUGGAGAAAGGGAAAGACUGUUAAUUCUUAAGUAAAGACUUCACAGAAGAUUAGGCAGUGUUUAAUUUUUGUAAACCUCCCCCCUCUGUCCAGUCGAUACCAGUUACUGAUGGUUACGUGUCCUAGGGAAAUUUGAAAAUUAGAAAUGCUGAUAUUUCACGUUACUGAUUUCUAAAUCCUAGGAAGAAGAGGCUGGAGAGUUUCUGAAUAUAGAGAAAUUCCAUGUAGGGAAGAGGGCCCUUUAUAGAUGUUUCAAAUUGUUACAGAUUCUAAACCAAGACUUAAUCCUCAAAUGUGUUUAUUUCACUUGUCCUAAAAUAAUCUGUUCACAAAUAUAAAAUUAUAAGUAACAAGUUGUUGUUUUCCCACUGUGGGAACCUCUAAUGUGAAAAUGUAUUCUAUGAAGUGAAGUUUUUUUAAAAAUAAAAAUGCUGUAUAAUAAAAAUUUAUUCUACUCUUUUA